CACACCCUUAAUGAAGGCAGAAUCCAGAAGAAACGAUAGACAACAAAAAGUUUGGAUGUUUUCUUCAGAAAGGGCCGUCGUUCGAACGUGGUUUGUUCCCGUAUAGAGGGACGGGCUUAUUCCGGGACCCUUGACGCCGGAUUUUAAGCCAGACUGGGGUCGCAUCGUUGCGAGCCAGCCAGUCUAAUAUUGUAUGUGAGCGUCGGUGCAUCUUUUCCAACAUGGCGUGCUGUUUAAGCGCUGAGCAGCAGGAACAAAAACGUAUCAAUCAAGAAAUCGAGAAGCAGUUGAGAAAAGACAAACGGGAUGCGAGAAGGGAACUCAAAUUGCUUUUGCUGGGUACGGGAGAAAGUGGCAAGAGCACCUUCAUCAAACAGAUGCGAAUUAUCCAUGGCACUGGAUACUCAGACGACGAUAAACGCGGCUUCAUCAAGAUUGUCUAUCAGAAUAUCUUCAUGGCCAUGAACGCGAUGAUUCGAGCUAUGGACACAUUGAAGAUCAACUAUAAAGAUCCGAACAAUGAGGUUUUUUUGCAGGAAAAUGCAAACCUGAUUCGGCAGAUAGACCAUGAACAUGAAACAGUUACGACGUUUGAACAACAGUUUGUGGACGCCAUCAAAUGCCUGUGGAAUGACAGCGGUAUACAGGAGUGCUACGACAGGAGGAGAGAGUAUCAGCUGACAGACUCAGCCAAGUACUACCUUGAUGAUGUGGACCGUAUCACAAAGCCGGACUACUUGCCAACACUACAGGACAUUCUCCGUGUGAGAUCGCCCACAACUGGCAUCAUAGAAUACCCCUUUGACCUGGAUAGCAUCAUUUUUAGAAUGGUUGAUGUCGGAGGGCAGCGAUCAGAAAGGCGGAAGUGGAUCCAUUGUUUUGAAAACGUUACGUCCAUUAUGUUUUUAGUAGCCUUAAGUGAAUAUGACCAGGUGUUGGUGGAGUCAGAUAACGAAAACCGAAUGGAGGAGUCGAAAGCGUUGUUCCGCACGAUCAUCACUUAUCCGUGGUUCCAGAACUCCUCAGUUAUACUGUUCCUCAACAAGAAAGACCUACUAGAAGAAAAAAUUAUGCAUUCGCAUUUAGUUGACUAUUUCCCAGAAUUUGAUGGUCCAAAGAAGGAUGCCCAGUCUGCUCGGGAGUUUAUAUUACGGAUGUUUGUGGACCUGAACCCUGACCCGGACAAGAUCAUCUAUUCUCACUUUACUUGUGCUACAGAUACGGAAAAUAUUCGGUUUGUGUUCGCUGCAGUAAAAGACACAAUUUUACAACUUAAUCUCAAAGAGUAUAACCUUGUGUGAGAAUAUUGACUUCUAGAGUGAUUGUUUAAUCGCUAAAUAUGUCGUAAAAAGUGACCUUGAUUUUAAACCUUUGUUCAUUACAUCAGUGUGGCGAUUCAACAUUUUGCCACAUUACUGUGUUAAAGGAAAAAUGAAUCUGAUUGGUCAUAUGUCUGUCACAUGACCAAAAGAACAUAUACAUGACCUCAAUGUGGCGUACAGUGGGGUAGAGGUUUUUUUGCUCUAAAAUCCCACGCCCUGUUGAUUAUCCAUUUCUCUGCAAGGAAUAGGCAGGCAUGUGUUUAGCUGUUGUAUUUUGCAACUUUGGUGAAGUUUUCUAUGAAGUAAUACUACAUUUUGUACGCUCCCGAAGACAAGUGGACAUUCUCGGCUUAAGUAAAGAGAAUAGACAUUUGUUAGUCAGAACUUUGAUGGAUUUGUGGAGAUGUGUUCCUUAAAACAGUGUGAUGUUUUGCUAUUUCCUGAAGUUAAUCUUGCUGUUAAUAUACUGUAGGGCGCCUUAUUUUACUGAAUGAACUUGUACAAGGCAAAGCCUCUUUGUGAAAUUUUGAUGGUAGGGUAUAACCCUGCUUUUAAUUGUAGGAUGUAACCCUACAUUGUGUGUAACAGGGUGCUGCCAAAUGUUCAUCGUGGGGCGCUGGCAUAGUGCAAUUUAUAUUAAUUAAAACUCUUGACUGUUACAAAAGCAAUGAUUGUUAAUCGUUUUAACCCUAUUUUCGAUAGUGGGUGUUAACCCUAAUUUCGAUAGUGGGUGUUAACCCAAUUUUGAUUGUAGGUGUAUAAUAACAGAUAAAAAAUCAAUAUGGGGCAUUUUACCCGUGGAAAUGUGUAGACCUAACUUAGCUUUUUUAUAAUCUGAAUACAUGUAUUGUUGUUAUUAUAUUACAUAGGUCAUUUUAAUUAUUACGCAACUUUACCGUGCUACAUUGAUUGAUUGAAUUUCAAUUAUGUUGAAAACAUAGUCACAUGACUCGUCAUCUGUUCUUCUAUUUAUUGAAAUUGGUUCUCUUGUUAUGUCUAUGAAAUCAUCUGUCGUAUAUCAUCAACUCUUUUCUACGUUGUUAUGAUUAUUUAUUUAUGUAAUUUAAUGUCAUAAAUCAACAUAAUGAAAUUAAGAGCCCACAUGUUAGGGUUAGGCGCACGAGGCCUUUAUUUCUUGAACAAUUUAAUGUCCCUUAUAUGCGGAUCAAGGUAAGCUCAUUCUUUUUAUUUUUGGUUUUAAAAAUUGUGUUAUUUUCUCCCUAAAAGGGUUCAGAAAGUUUUGAAAGGAAAUUAAUCAUGAAAAACAAUGUUAUGUUCCAAAUCAAGUUGAAGCAAUUUUUUAUUGUCAAAUGAAAUAUGCUACCUAAGAUAUUUUUAACAAUUUAGGAUAGGUUAAUACUGGUACAUAAUUGAAAGAUUAUACACAUUGUAUAGGUUUUUCCAACUGUAUAAUAUUGUUAAAUUGAGAUUCUAAGAGAAAAAUCUCUUGUUUGCAUACAGUAAAUACUAGUUCAAAAUAUACAUAUAUUGUGAAUUACUUGUAAGAUAUUUGUACUUUAACAAAUACAUGCCAACUGAAAUUGUCCCUUAAUAUAAGCUGUAUUAUUUUUUCACUCUUCAUGUUUUGAAAUCUGCAUUGCUAACGGGAUUAUCCGAACAUGGUCGUAUUUUUAUUGAUCAUUAAAUGUUAAAUUUUACGAACACAGCUAGACAUGAUAAUGUCAUAAAUUAGGUUGACUUUUAUCCUUGCAAGAUUUCUUGAAUUGUGAAUGUUUAAAUGUGUACAAAUUAUGGUAAAUGUCAUUUUAUUCAACUUGUUUGAAGUAAUUGUUUUGUGUAAAGUGGUGCAAUAUAUUCAAAACGGUUACCGUGACAACCUGAAUGCAAAAGUUAGACAUUUGUUCACUUUACUUUUUAGGGUCAGACAUAAAAAAAAAUAUUUUGUGUGAAAUGUGAAAUUAUUAUAUCAUUAAAAUUUUGAAUUAGAGCUUUAUUGUUAAUGACUAUUUUAAAGUGUCACAGAAAUUAAUGUAUUUUGCUAAGAAGUGAUAGUAAAGCUGCUGAAAAAUGAAUUAACUAAGUUAAGGCUUGAAAUUACAAAAGAUGAGAAUAUAAAUAUGCCAGUUGCUGUUUGUUUUUUUGUUUAUAAAAAUAAGUUAAUGAAAUGACUAAGCAUCAAAACUGAAAAAUGAUUGUUAUCAAUAAGAGUGGUGGGAGUGCCUUUAAGUAAAUAAAAUAAAUUGAAGGUAUACUGAUUUACUAAAUAAACAAUCUUAUUAUAACAAAAGAUUAUAGUUGGAAAAAAGUAUCACUGAUUCAAAAAAUUGCCAUGAUUUUAGGCCUGAGGCUAAACCACCUCUGUGUACAAAUUCAUACUUGUUAAAUCAAUGAAAUGGUUAACUAGUCACAUAGUAGCCCUUCACAAAUAAAUACAUGUUGGGUGGUCUUAUUUGGAUCUUAGUAAAGAUGAAGCUAAUCAGAUUUCAUGAUAUAAAUGACUGACCUAUAGGUUGAAUGGAUUUAAAGAUUAUGACCAUAAUACUAACGAGUUGAAUAUCGAUUACCUCUCAUAGACUUGGUUUGAAUAUUAUUGCAUGUGUUAAAUAACGUAGGUUAUUCUGAAGCGCUUAAUCCAGAGAAGCCGCAUUUCUAUCAUCAGUACAGUGCAAUUGGAAAAAAUGGGUAUUAAAACUUAUGGAAUUUAUUUCCAGAAUGGUGAAGAGUCUCCUCUUUUCUGCACAGGAAUUUUUUUUUGUUCACUGAAUAUUUGUACUCUGUGACAUUAUCAUAUUUCAAAUACUUCUGAGCUGUUGUAGACAUGAUAAUAUUACUAGCACUCGCAUAGUGGUAUCAAAAUAACAUGUUUGUUUAAAAAAUAUCAUAUAUUUUAUGCACAAUUUAUACUAUAUCUCGUAAUAAUUGUAUUCGUUUUUCGAUAAUAUCUUUUUAUGCCCCCACAAAGUGGCGGCAUAUAGGGUUGCCCUUGUCCGUACGUACGUCUGUCUGUCUGUACGUACGUACGUACGUACGUCCCGAAGAUUGUUUCCGAUCUAAUUCUUGAAAACCGUUUGUCCAAUCCUCACCAAACUUUAAACACAUGUUUGUGACCAUAAUAUCUUGAUCAAGUUCGAUAGUCAUGGAAAUCGCUUUAGUCAUUUAGGAGUUACGGCCCUUUUUUGCCAAAAAUACUUCAAAAAUAUAUGUUUCCAAUCUAAUUCUUGAAAAGUAUGUGUCCAAUCCUCACCAAACUUUACAUACAUGAUUGUGACCAUAAUAUCUUGAUCAAGUUCGAUAGCCAUGGAAAUCGCUUUUGUCAUUUAGGAGUUACGGCCCUUUAUUUGCAAAAAAAGACUUGAAAAAUACGUCCCGAAGAUUGUUUCCGAUCUAAUUCUUGAAAACUGUUUGUCCAAUCCUCACCAAACUUUUAACACAUGUUUGUGACCACAAUAUCUUGAUCAAGUUUGAUAGCCAUGGAAAUCGCUUUAAUCAUUUAUCCUGAAUAAUCAUUAUGGCUUAUUUUCUGUGACAAAAAAUCGAAGUGGGGGCAUCCGUGUCCUAUGGACACAUUUCUAGUUUAUUUCAAGUUUACAGUUAACCAAGAUCACAGAAUAUUUUUAACUACAUAGCCUGUCCCCAUAAUUUCAUUAUUAUGCCUGAUAGAUGUAUAUCAAAAUAGGGGUUUGUCUGUCACGCCACCUUGCGUCCUUGAAAAAUCUAGUGCCGCAAUAACCUUCUAAAGUAUAGCACCUUAACCUGCACAUGUUAAACUGGGAAAUUAUGCAUGCCCAAAUUGUGCAACAUUUUCCUCAGUCUUACAAGAGUAAUAGCCCUUGACUUAAUAAUAAGUGUUCUAAAAAUAGCAUUCCUGUGUACAGGGGCAGUGUCUGGGGGUGCUUAUCACUUCUGUGAUAAAUCAAGUUGUCAAUGAUCAUUCGAGCAUAUACAAUAUCCCUUAAAGGAGAAUUAAGUAUUGAUGAUAAUUAUCGGAAAAUAUUUUGACACAAUGGAUUGUUCCCUAUGGUAUGUAAAUGUAUGAAGUACCUCUGAUGAAAUCAGACUUAUAUACUUCUAUAUCUGUAAUAUUUGUCACAACAGCUGUUGCUUAAAAUGCAUAAUGAGUUAGUUUUAUAAUUUGCAAUAUAUCGAUUCCUUUAUUCAGCAAUCGAAAUCACAACUUUAAAAUUCAUAUCAUUUAACAUCAUUAAAUUAUCUUAACCUCACAUAAUGCUGAUAUUAAGUGAAAUAGAUAUAAGACAUCUUCUGACCAUCAAACUAUACAAACUAUUUUCAAGCUUAAUAAUUGGAACCCAACAAAAAGCUUGUAUUCUAAUUCAGUUAAAUAACCUAAAUAUUCAGUUAAAUUAUUUGAACUCUAUGUUAUGCUGGUGCCGAGUCAAAUAGCCUGGGUCUUACACAAUGCUUUUGUUUAGUUAAAAUAUCACUCUAUUGGGAUAUUCACGAUAGUUAUCUUAACUCAUCAGUUAAAUUAACUGAACUCUGCAUUUUAAAUUAAUUGAACUUGUCUGUUGAAUUAUUUGAACUCAUCAGUUGAAUUAUCUGAUCUCUUUAAGUUUAAUUAUCUGAACUCUAAAUUAUAUGAACCCUCAAAUAAUCCAUCUGAACUCUUCAAUAGAAUUAUCUGAACUCUUUAAUUAAACCAUUUUAACUCCAGUUAAAUUAUCUGAACUAUUUAACUAAAUUAUCUGAACUCUUCAGUUAAAUUUUCUGAACCCUUCAGUUAAAUUAUCUGAACUCUUCAAUAGAAUUAUCUGAACUCUUCAGUUAAAUUAUCUGAACUUUUCAAUAGAAUUAUCUGAACUCUUCAGUUAAAUUAUCUGAACUCUUCAAUAGAAUUAUCUGAACCCUUCAGUUAAAUUAUCUGAACUCUUCAAUAGAAUUAUCUGAACCCUUCAGUUAAAUUAUCUAAACUCUACAAUAGAAUUAUCUGAACUCUUCAGUUAAAUUAUCUAAACUCUACAAUAGAAUUAUCUGAACCCUUCAGUUAAAUUAUCUGAACUCUACAAUAGAAUUAUCUGAACCCUUCAGUUAAAUUAUCUGAACUCUACAAUAGAAUUAUCUGAACCCUUCAGUUAAAUUAUCUGAACUCUUCAAUAGAAUCAUCUGAACCCUUCAGUUAAAUUAUCUGAACUCUUCAAUAGAAUCAUCUGAACCCUUCAGUUAAAUUAUCUGAACUCUUCAAUAGAAUCAUCUGAACUCUUCAGUUAAAUUAUCUGAACUCUUCAAUAGAAUCAUCUGAACCCUUCAGUUAAAUUAUCUGAACUCUUCAAUAGAAUUAUCUGAACCCGUCAGUUAAAUUAUCUGAACUCUUCAAUAGAAUUAUCUGAACCCGUCAGUUAAAUUAUCUGAACUCUACAAUAGAAUUAUCUGAACCCUUCAGUUAAAUUAUCUAAACUCUACAAUAGAAUUAUCUGAACUCUUCAGUUAAAUUAUCUAAACUCUACAAUAGAAUUAUCUGAACCCUUCAGUUAAAUUAUCUGAACUCUUCAAUAGAAUGAUCUGAACCCUUCAGUUAAAUUAUCUGAACUCUUCAAUAGAAUGACCUGAACCCUUCAGUUAAAUUAUCUGAACUCUACAUGAUGCUGAUAUUCAACUGUUGUGAUCAUUCAGUUUCAAGUUUUUGUAACAUAUUUGUGAUUGCUAUGUCUUGUGACUUUUAAAACCAAAGCUAAAAUAAAUCGUGUUAAAACUCC